UUUAGCAAAAGCUUUUUUUGAAUAACCUGAAAAAAAGCCUCCUGUAGGCAGAGAUGGAAUUGAAUAAAAAAAGGACAGAAUGCAGCAGUAGCAAAGAAACAGUACAACAAACUGUGGAACCAGAAAUUUAAGACUAGAAUAACACAAACAUUAUGAGGAAAAUCCUAAGAAAUCACAGGUUCUUUAUUGAUAGACUAUGAAAGCAUGGUGAAUAUGCUUCAUGUCUGCUUGAAUUCAUACAUCAUAAAGUGACAUAAAACUGACACAUGAUUGUUUCUGCAGUAUGAAUACUUUCAACCAGUAUCACAACAAUUUUUUUUUCCAAUUAUGACAAAAUAAAGCAAAAUAAAAUAUGAAUGCAUUGUUACGCUGGUGGGGCCCCAUGGUAAAUAAUGGGUACCCUAUUCAUUUUUUCGCCCCUGCCGUUCAAACCCAUAGAUAGGCCUAUAUAUAAAGGAUAUAUAUAAAAGCCUUUAUAUAUAUCUAUGUUAAAACCCAAUAACUGAGCGUUUUGCAGAUCGGAAUCCAAAUUCUGUAGCCACACCCACUUUGAAAAUAAUAUGACGUCGGUUUCCAUGGCAGCAAAAAAAGCUAAGCGUAUCCUGGGAAACAAAAUCCCGCAAAACACUGACCCGUCACAUGUGCUCAGAAUGGAUCUAUCAUCGUUCCAGAACUUGCAGGCGCUCUCUGCCUUGCUAACAACGCAGGACGAUAACGAUGACUGCAAAAGUGCGAAACCAAUUGCCAAAAUGGGCCCAGGACAUAUUGGGCACUGUGCUUCAUCCAAAGCUACAAAAGAAGCAACAACACCUUAUGCUCAGAGGAACAGCAAGGAUAUUUGGAGUGAGGAAGAAGUGUCAGAGGGGGGCCAGUAUGAUGACGUCGCUGACCCACGUCCCCAGCCAGAAUAUGAAGUAAUACUAAGGCAGAAUGUUGGGACAGAGGAUCUGUUUCUGGGGAUGAGCAGGAAAGACCCCUCCUCCAUGUGCUGUGAGGGCAUGCUGGUGAAAAUCAAGCUGCCUGAUACAAAAGCAACUGAUGUCGUUUUGGAUGUAAAGGAGACAUUUCUUGAUCUUCGAACACCAAAAUAUCGACUAGGUUUACAUCUUCCACACCCGGUCCACAGUCAGGAGGCAAAGGCCAAGUUCUUCAGCGAACAGGAGACGCUGGAGGUCACUCUACUCAUGAACCGCCUCAUGGAUUCUAUUAACCUGUCAUGAGAGAGAGGACGAGGGAAUGCUCAAGUACUCUGUGACUUGUUCAGUGAUCUGCUUUGGGAACAUGUAUUAAGGCAGGAGCUUAACAAGUGAUGAAAAUGUAAAACAUCCCAUCAAAACUUAGUUUGAUGGGAUAUGACAAGUUAGUCUUGUGCAAAAUAUAUACUGUAUUUUUAUUAAUAAAGCCUAUUCUUACUACCUUG